AUGAGUAAAAAUGUAAAUGAAGAGUUCAAAGAAGAACUAAGGUAAUUUAUAAUAAACAAUUACGUUCACACAGUAUUAGAGCAAUUUAAAGGUCCUAAGCAUUAAUCUAUAUACUAAAUUACACUUACUAUGGAUUUAUCAUUGAUAAUUGAUACUCGACCUUUGUUAGGAUCAUGGAUCAUAAAUUUUUACCCUCACUUCCUAAUAUCAAUACAUUAGAUAAUUUAUUCGAUAGUGAAAUAGAUGGACAUUGGAUAUGAUGAUUUCAUAUGUGAAACUAAAUUUAUAUCAGUCCCAACUUUUGAGACAGCAAUACAUGAUCCUUAAUAUAAGCUAUUAUUGAUGUAGAAACAUUGUGGAUCGUUGGUACACUUGAAGAACUGUAUAAUAGUGGGAGUUGAUAAACCAAAAAAUUACUUAUUUUUACAAGAAUUUUAGUGUAAAUGUAGUGAUAAAAUUUCAAUUAAAGGGGCUCAUUUAAUCUAAAGGUUAUAAAAUUAAAUGAAUAAAGAGAAUGUUUGUGAAGAAUGUAAUGGAGUUAGACAUGAAAUUGAGAAGAAAUAUAAACUAUGUCAAAAGCUCUAGUUAUAUGUUUCAGAUUUAUAGCCUUUAAAUAGAAAAUAUAAUAAUUUAAGAUAAAAUCUAAAUAACAAAUAUAAACAUUCAUUUUAAUUGCUUGAUAUAUAUGUUGAAGGUAAUAAUGUGAAUAAAUUUAAUGUUGGAAAUUAAAUAUAUUCACUUGCAUAUUAUACUUUUAACUUAUCUGAUCAGUAUAGAUAAAAUAAUACAUUUAUUUUGGCAAAUGAAUAUUGUUAUGCAGUAACUAUUGAUUAAUACUCUGCUGUUCAAAAUAAGAAGUACUUCUAAAAAUUGAAAUUAAAUUAUAAGUUUAAACAAUCUUAACAAAUUGAUACUGAUGAAAAUUAUAAUGAAGACAUUAAACUGUUCUUGGAUAAAAGUAAAAGACAUUACAAUUAUGGUAAAGAUAACAAGAAUUAUAUUUAUGAAAUACUCAAUACAAUAUAUUAUAUCAUCAUAUCCUUUGAUUAUUAAUAAUUAAAAUAGCAUACCUUAUCAAAUUCAUUAAUAAUGUUAAAAUUGUCAUUACUUUGUAGUAUAUUUUUAGAGAAUAGUUCAAGUUUAUAAUAUUAUCUAUCUCCAAAUCUAUGUUAAAAAUCAAAUUUAUUGAUUUAGAGAUUGGAAUAAGAACAAAUUCAAAGACAUCUACAUAUAGCAAUAAUUUAUGAAGAUUAUGAAAUAAUAAUUGAUUUGAUUUAAAAUAUGAUUCAAAACUUAGACAAUUGUUUAGUAUUACCGGAUUGUGAUGAGGAAACUUUUGAUUAUCUAAUAAUGAGUGUAGCUAAAAAUGGAAUUUUAAUUUUGAAAAGAAUGCCAACAAAAGGAGUUUAGGAAAAGAUUAAACAAAUACUUAAAGGGAGUCCUAUUAUUAUAAUGAAAGAUAAAAAGAUAGAAAUCAAUUGUUCAAUAUGGUGCUUAUUUGAUAUUUAAGAUUUAAAAGUGAAAAAAUCUGAUUUCACUUAUUUAAAUGAGAAAUUCCCUCAUGCCACUGACUCAUUUGAUAUUGUAUUAGAUUUAGCUUAUUCUAAUUUGAAUUAUAAGCAAGUUAGAUUUAAUUUGAUUGCUGAUUAUUGUGAAUAUCUAUUUAAAAGUUCACAAACAGAUAAUUCAAAUCCAUUUUCAACAACAAUAAAAAAAUAACCAACAGCAGAUAGAUCUAUUCAUGCUCCAUCUUCAUGUUAUUUAUUAUAAAAGAGAACAGUAGAUAAAAUUUAUAACUCAGAUCUUGAAACUUGGAUUAAUAAAUUGUUAACUAUAGAUAGUAGUUCACUAGAAUUAAUUAAAAAGUUCUAUCUUAAAUUAAGGUAAAAUUAUUAUUGCACAUAACAUACGUUAGAUAGUUUACUUAAAAUUAGUUCUUCUAUUUCUAUGAUAAGAUAUUUUGCUUAUAGUCAAAUAGAUGAUAAUGAUGGAUUAUAUUAAUAUAUGAUAACAUAAAUGAGUACACUCCCUUUAACAUACUCAGAUGCAUUUUUAGCUAUCUUGUUUGUCAUUGAAACUAGAAUAAACUCCCUAGGUCCUGUUGGGGCUUUAUUUGGAAGCGAUACAACAAAGUAGAAUUUUAUAAGUAUUUUAGUUACUUAUUGAAUUGUUUGAAUCCUGAGUUUGCUUUUGCUAAAAUUAAUCUUCAUCAAGAUGAUAAUGAAACAAAAGAUAAUAUGUUCGAAAACUUUGUUUACAUUUAUGAAAAAUUAAUAAACUUCAUUUAUUGA